UGCAGAAUGAAAUGUUCAUUAUAAUUAUACCGAAUUCAGAGAAAAAAGUGUUAUUAUAAUUAUUCCUAAAAAAAUUUAAGAGAGUAAAUUUUAACAAUUAUUUAUAUACGAUAAUGUAUUGUAUUAUUAUAUUAAAAUUACAAUUCGGGAAAUUUCUAAUCUCCAAGAUGAUAUUUGGUUAGGUUCUUAAUAAAAUUUCAGAAUUGACAUUUGCUUGAUCUCCAUUGGAUUAUUUUGCUAGAAUUGCAUCGUCACACGAAGUUAUAGAUACAAGGACAACAAAACAUAUGAAUUUGGAUCUUCCUUUUCAUUUGAAUAUUGCAAGGCGCUUUAGAGAUAUGGUUAUAGAGGCAGUGAUUUUUCUUGCAGUGUUGUGGUGUAUUAGCGUGUGAAGUUCAAUUCCACUUCGUAUGUUUAUAUAUACGUAGGAAAUUGGAUGUCUAGUUUAUAUGCCAAAUGCCGUUGUGUCAUGCGUAGGGAUGAAAAGCCUUCUCCACCUAACCCUGCAAAAUCUUGCAAUCUAAGUCUCAUCCAAGUGGAUCAGAUAUUUAAUGUUAAAAAAAAAAUUAAGGAACCAAUAAACCAAAGCAUCCUUAACCUUCGAUCCCUACUUAGGCUUUCAUUCCAAUUCAAGCAUUCCUAGUCUGCAAGACAAAGCAAAAAGCACAGUGGCAGGAGAAGGUAAAAUUAAAGGAAAUUCAAGAAAGUUAAUUUUAUUUUUAGUUUUUCAGGUAUUGGGUUUAUUUGAAACUUGAAAGGGUAAUUAAAGUUAUAAAAUUCAUUUGAUCCCAACGUUUGGAUAAUAACAAUAUAUCCAAAUGAAUGGGAAGGAAAUUUUCUGGUUGGCCGCAGUGUUAUACGUAGGCUUCACUCACAAAUUUGCUGAGCGAGUAUAUAAUGAAGAGGUUUUAUGCCUGCUGCUUCACAACCAGAGUUUCUAAGUCUCUCUCUCACUGGAAGCACAACCAGUCUCAGUCUCAGAUAAUGGCAGGAAACAUCUCUGGUCUAAGUGGGAUCAAAGCUGCUAAUAUUUUACUUAAUCAUGACUUCUCUAGUGGGCUGAACUCUUGGCAUCUCAAUUGCUGCAAUGGCUAUGUAAUUUCAGCAGAAAAAGGUACUCAAGGAGGAGUUUCAUUGGACUUGGAUGGAAAUUAUGCUGUUAUAACCGACCGAAAGGAAUGCUGGCAAGGUCUUGAGCAAGAUAUCACAAACAGAAUUUCCAUUGGUUCCACUUACACGGUUUCAGCUUGUGUGGGAGUGUCCGGGCUUUCUCAGGGAUCUAGUGAUGUUCUAGCUACUCUGAAACUAGAAUAUCAUGAUUCAGAUACUAGUUACUUGUUCAUUGGAAGAACUUCAGUUAUAAAGGGUAGUUGGGAAAAGUUGGAAGGAACAUUCUCGUUGUCAACUAUGCCUGAUCGGGCUGUAUUUUAUUUGGAAGGACCUGCUCCUGGAGUCGACCUUUUGAUACGAUCAACCACAAGCACAGAAUGUGUUUCAACUGGAGAUGACAACAUCAUAAUAAACCCCCAAUUUGAUGAUGGCCUGAAUAACUGGUCUGGAAGAGGCUGCAAGGUUGUGUUGCAUGAUUCCAUGGGUGAUGGGAAAAUUGUUCCUAAGACUGGAAAAUUCUUUGCAUCUGCAACCGAACGCACGCAGAACUGGAAUGGAAUUCAGCAGGAGAUCACAGGACGUGUGCAGCGCAAGCUUGCCUAUGAGGUCACUGCUUUAGUUAGAAUAUAUGGAAACAAUGUCACUACUUCUGAUGUAAGGGCUACUUUGUGGGUCCAAACACCAGAUCUUCGAGAGCAGUAUAUAGGCGUUGCAAAUGUGCAGGCAACAGAUAAAGAUUGGGUUACAAUGCAGGGAAAAUUUCUUCUAAAUGGUUCUCCAUCAAAAGUGGUCAUUUAUUUAGAGGGGCCUCCUCCAGGCACUGACAUUCUUCUCAACAGUUUGGUCUUAAAGCAUGCAGCUAAAACACCUCCUUCAACCCCACCGGAUGUAAAGGAUGUUGCUUUUGGGGUUAAUAUAAUUGAGAACAGCAAUCUGGCUGAUGACACCAAAGGAUGGUUCCCUCUUGGUAAUUGCACUUUAACCGUUAAAACUGGUUCACCACAUAUUAUUCCACCAAUGGCAAGAGAUUCUGUUGGUCCUCAUGAACUUCUAAGCGGGCGCUAUAUCCUUGUAACUAAUAGAACACAAACAUGGAUGGGCCCUGCUCAGGUUAUCACAGAUAAAUUGAAGCUCUUUGUGACUUAUCAAGUAUCUGCUUGGGUCCGGAUUGGUUCAGGAUCAAAUGGGCCACAGAAUGUGAAUGUUGCCCUUGGUGUUGAUAACCAAUGGGUCAAUGGAGGACAAACUGAGGUUUCUGAUGACAGGUGGCAUGAAAUUGGUGGGUCCUUUAGAAUUGAAAAGCAGCCAUCAAAGGUUAUGGUUUAUGUCCAAGGCCCUGCUUCUGGUGUAGACUUGAUGGUUGCUGGACUUCAAAUUUUUCCUGUCGAUAGACAUGCAAGAUUUAGAUAUUUAAAGAUGCAGACAGAUAAGAUCCGUAAACGUGAUGUUAUCCUGAAAUUCUCUGGGCUGGACUCUAGCAGCUACCUUAACACCUCUGUGCAAGUUAGACAAACACAGAAUGAUUUCCCAAUUGGUUCAUGUAUUAGUAGAACAAAUAUUGACAAUGAAGACUUUGUUGACUUUAUUGGGAAGCAUUUUAACUGGGCUGUGUUUGGAAACGAGUUGAAGUGGUAUUGGACUGAGCCACAACAAGGAAAUUUCAAUUACAAGGAUGCUGAUGACCUGUUAAGCUUAUGUGAGAAGCACAACAUACAAACUCGCGGCCAUUGUAUCUUCUGGGAAGUGGAUGGAACAGUUCAGCAAUGGAUAAAAUCACUGAACAAAAAUGAUUUGAUGACAGCUGUUCAGAACCGCUUAAACGGCCUUUUAACUCGCUACAAGGGCAAAUUCAGUCAUUAUGAUGUUAACAAUGAAAUGCUGCAUGGUUCAUUUUACCAAGACAGACUAGGCAAGGAUAUAAGGGCAAACAUGUUCAAGACUGCACACCAACUAGACCCUUCUGCUACAUUGUUUGUGAAUGACUAUCAUGUUGAGGAUGGAUGUGACACACGAUCAUGUCCAGAAAAGUACAUUGAUCACAUUCUUAAUUUGCAAGAGCAAGGUGCCCCAGUUGGGGGAAUUGGAAUUCAAGGCCACAUAGAUAGUCCAGUUGGGCCUAUUGUUUGUUCCUCCCUUGAUAAGUUGGGUAUUCUUGGUCUACCUAUAUGGUUCACUGAGCUUGAUGUGUCUUCCACCAAUGAAUAUGUUAGAGCAGAUGAUCUAGAAGUUAUGCUACGCGAAGCUAUGGCACACCCUGCAGUAGAAGGCAUGGUGCUGUGGGGAUUUUGGGAGCUAUUUAUGAGCAGAGACAAUGCACACUUGGUCAAUGCAGAAGGUGAGAUCAAUGAAGCUGGAAAAAGGUUCCUUGCUCUAAAACAAGAGUGGCUGUCUCACAGCCGUGGCCAUGUUGAUGAGCAAGGUCAAUACAACUUAAGAGGCUUUCAUGGAACAUACAAUGUGCAAAUUGUGACCCCGUCAAAGAAAAUUUCUAAGAGAUUUGUUCUUGACAAAGGUGACUCACCACUAGUGGUAUCCAUUGAUUUGUAAGCAUACUGCUUUGUCUUUUAUCCUUGGGAUUGCUAAAACACUAUGUUGGUGGUGUAAUGUUAUCUAAUACUAGGUUCUGCCAUUUUGGCAAAUAAAUAAAACAGUUGGGAUUUCAGUUGUCUUAACAACUGCACAAAAUCUCAACCCUUGAAAAUUGUCUCAUUUUUAUUAUGAAUAUACAUCUGAAAAAUGAAUGAGAAGUGAUACUUGUUUGAAG